UGCAUCUGUCAGCAGAGUGAUUCAUCCAUCGGGGGGAUCAUAAUAGCAGCUUUGGAACAGCAGAGGCGCUGUGUGAUCUGUUGGAUCCAACAUUGUCACAUGUCACCAGUGUGACGAGGGGCAGAUGAGGAAGUACUUUUACUGCGGGCAGAACUGGGAAAUGGAGGCUGAAAGAAAAUAAGUUGUAUAAAAAAAAUUGGGAGCAAAUGAUAACAUUGUCAAAGUGGGUCUCAUUAUUGUCAGCUUUUCUAAAUGAGAACAUGUUUCACAAGAAUUGCCCGAGUAAAGCAUUUCUCAGCAGAUUGAUUCUCCUCCGUGUCCAGUUUAAUAAGCGACUUGUAACAAUGUCAAUAAGCAACCCCUCAGAAGAGAGAAACUCGGAGCGACAGGGAAGCAGCUGCGCGCUGCAGAUCGAUGAGAGCAGGAGCGCAGCAGGUUUCUGUGACGCGGUGACAGGCUGCGAGCGCGCGACAGCGCACAAGUUUACGGAGGAAGAGAUGACCAUCCACAGGAUCCAUAGUGAGGCGUGUGAGGCAAAGAAGCAGAUGUACGUUGACCCUUCCAGUGGAUAUAAGGUGUUCACAGAGUAUGCCCAUCUUCAGAGAGGGAAAUGCUGUGGCAGUGCAUGCAGACAUUGUCCAUAUGGUCAAGUCAACGUGAAGGACCCUGCAAUGAAGAAGCAGUUUAACUCCCUGUUUUAUGUAUAGACUGAACCGAAAAAGGUAAAAUGCAAGAUGCCUGUGUGGAAUGGAGCCCAACACGCUUUGCUUUUCUUCUGCUUGUCGUUAUUUUGACUACUUGAGUCGUAUUUCAGCUGUGUAAUAAAUGAUGAAAUAUGGGUAGUUUCUGUGCAAUACCUACCUCUUAUGAAUCACAACUAUUACCAUAGGAAUGUUUUCAUUGUCACAAAACAGGGAUUGGGGAGAAAGGAUUUGUUCACUAGACCCUCAUGUAAAAUAGUCUUUUAUCACAUUUUUGUUUUGUUAUAUUUUCCACAUUUUUCUUUGUCUCAAAUGUCCAAUGAAAUGCCUAGAGCUUCAUUUUUUCAUGUAUCUUCAAGAGUAUUUAAUAUUUUGUAGUAUUCUGCUCCUCAGAUGCAUUUACAAGGGUUGUGGGAGUAUGGAGAUGAAAACUGAGAGUGCAUUUUAGAUCUUCGCCCUCAAGAAAAAGGGCAUAUAAGUGAAAGUAACUGCAGAUAUUCAGAUGGAGUCUUGUGCUCUUUUGCUUUGCAUUUCUUGUUAUUUUUUUUUUCUCCCAAAUGUACGACUGCAUGAAUAUUAGCAUCAUUUGCACUCCACAAGUGCUUGACUGAAAUGUCUACCUUUGACUGAUACACUGUGUUGUUAAAAAUAGGAGGGGGGGCAAGGGUCAGCCCUCGCACUUGGCUGCACUGCUUUUACACCACUUGAUCGAAUCAGGCUGUUAGCAAACAUGCCAUGGACAUCAACAGCAGCCCUCCCCACUGGACCUGCAACUCAGCCUCCUGGCAACACUUGGCUACAGCACAGCUCCCUGCGGCUGCUCUCCUGAGCUGCAGCCUAAUGAACUCCUGGGCCUUCUUAUCCCAGGACUGCAAUAGAUCAGCUCAUGUUCACCAGCAUGCUCAGACGCGCACAUGCAUAGGCAGGCUUACUCCGUCGGAGCGCCCUGUGGCUCCUAAUAGGCCAAUAUACAAGAAAGGUUGUGCUUAACACUGCACUUUGCAGCCCACGGUAAUCGCACUAGGUAAGGUCAAGUGCUCAUGCUGCACUACCUAUGUGCGUGCAAGAGACGUUAAGGAAAGAUGUGCCGCUUGAUUUGCGAGUGCGUGUGGGAAGGCAGCGCGAUGCCUUCGGGCGCUCUCUCUGAAGCUGCCACACACACUCGCCUGUCUCCGCCUGAUUGGGCAAACAGCGUCGUGAUGAGAGGAUGUGUCUGCCGCCGAAUCCUGUCGCAGCUACACCUACUGGCGCGGCCACAAUUUUCUUCGGCAGGUGGGUCCCAAAGGCAAGUGCUUAGUGAUCGGAGCAAAGCCCUGUGAGCGGCUACAAGGAGAUUCAUGAUCCCAACAGUGCUGGGGAGGACAGGUUCUGGGGACGCUUCGUCAGGCGGGAUGAAAGGCGAAUUUAUUUGGUGUUAUUCUAAACCGAGGCAGCGGAGCGUGCGGCAGCAACAUUUCUACAGCGGGACAGUGAAGGUGUCACACUCAUCAAGUACCUGGGCCCGCUUGCCUGCCGCGGCUCCGCGGGUUUUGCCUUGGGACUUGUCUGUCACAUUAAAGUAGAUGCAUUGCCAUUCAGGGCCUCGGCAGUCCCGCAGCCUGACCAUGAAAUAGGCCAACUUUCAUGUCUGCCUCAUCCCUCCACGUCUUUCCAGUGAUGGCACAGUUUGAAUUUCCCCCCCCCCAUCAUGUUCUUGCUUAGCAGUUGGUGACUGGGACACAAACAGCAGGAAUCCCCUCUACAGAUUUUGGAAGAAAUUUAUUUAAUCAACUGUAACAAUAAAUUCUAUAUAUAUAUGUAUAUAUAUAUAUAUACAUAUAUAUAGGCUAUACAAAAUUACAUUUGUGUGCAAUGGUAUCAUUUGGUUUAUAUAAAAAGCUUGAAACUGAGAAGUGCAUUUACUCAACUAUCACAAUCUGGGAACACAGGUUAGAGCAUGAAAUUGUCAUCUUUAUGCAUUUACUUGUUUUGUGGCUAUGUCAAUCUUUUUUUUUUUUUUUUUUACAAUUAUUAGUAUUAUUUGUUAAAUAAACUAAUAAUUGUUAGAUAAACUGGUUACAAUAGUCAUCUUAAAUUAAGUACAAAUAUUAAUGUUCAUAUACAUAUCUGCAGAAACACUUAUUGAAAGAAAAGCUAACAACAGUGGUGGGUACAGUACAACAUAAGAUGUCAAAGUCUCAGUAACUUGUCAUGUGGUAUCUUGAUCUGAUGAUGUCAAAAUGUGAAAAGUAAAAAGUAUGAUGAAGAAGACUGUUUUAAAUACAAGCUGUCAUUGAACCGAAAUAUUUAGUGGUCGACUCAA